AUGGAUUUUGUGCAUUGUAAUCGAUGCUAUAUUCGAAAACCGCCGGGCGGAUACCUCAUCUCUUCAUGCUUUCAUAUUUGUUGUCAAAAUUGUGCAGAAACAGGUAAUUUAUCGACUCGUUCGCUGACACGUUUGAAAAACUCAAUUUUCAGAGCAUAAAAGCUGUCCGGUGUGCAAAAAGACGGUGAAAAUUGUGCGAUUAAACGGAACGAUCAACCAGAGCAUCAAAAUGUACUUUAUGGCAAGUUUUUACUGAAAAAAUGUGACAAAAGCAUUUUUAGGACCCAUUCAAGACGUUGACUGAAAGUUUGGAGAAAUUGCAGCGGAAAAUCAAUUUUCAGACAAGUAUACGUGUCCAUUUGCUCAAACAUUUGACAAAAGAGGUAAAUUUAGCUUAAAAAUGUGGCUGUACAACGCUCAUUUUCAAAUGCUUGCAAAACAUCGUUCGAAUCGAAAUUUCCAGAAAGAGAAAAAGCGACAAAUGGAGGUGUAUUUCCGGAAGAAAGCGCAAGAAUUUGCAUCGCAAAGAAAGAAAUUGGCGGACGCGAACACGUGGAUUUUAAGCGCCGAGCAAAAAUUGCGGGCCAGCGAAGAGGAACGGCUACGGCUGAAACAAGAGUACGAGGAUUUGCAGCACCGAUUACAGUUCGUGCCCCAGCCCUUUUUUAAAUUUAAAACUAAACAAAGCUGUUGAUUUUUCAAAGCCAGUACCGAAUACUUGUCACGGGGGACAUUUGGCCUACUUGCAAUUAUCCGGUCAGGUCCAAACUUUGCAGGCUUAUUGGACUUGGAUUGAUAUAUAUAUAUAUUUUUUUUGGUGCGGUUCUGAGAUAAGCUAAUCAGAGGCCAAAAAGGCCGCAAUCCGGGCCUCGACAGGCCUUUUUCCCAGCCCUAUCUAGUAACGAUAAAAAUCGAUAAAAAAAUGCAAAAAGUUACGGUCCACAGGCAGGAUCCGGGAGGUAAAAAAAAAUCACCUGGAAACACACAAAACUUUUCUAAUUUUGCAGGUCUCUGGCGCCGCGAACCCCGAUUCCAUCGACGACCCCGAGGACGACCCCGUACUCGUUUCUAAUGUCCGACGGACACGGCUCUUCGCGGAUGGAAUCGUCGCCCAACUCCACCUUCAACAUGGUCUCUCCGUUGGUCAACUCGCCGGCGCACUCGUUGAACGAAACGAAUUUCAACAACUUUUUCGAUAAUACCGCAUUGGGAACCGCCGGAAGCGCACUCGCCGACGAUACAAUGUUCGGAUCUAUGGUGGCGAUUUAUUUAAAAUUUCACUUUUGCCAUUUUUUGUACUGCUUUUGUCGGCACUCCUCCGCAGUGCGUUUUUUUUUUUUGAAAAAAAACGUUAACAGUUUCAGAGCAGCACCAAUCACCCCCGAUCGACACUUUCAGAUACGACUGCGUUCAGCGCCACGUUUAACAAUGUAAAUUUGCUAUAUUCAAGGCAUUUAUUGAGAGAAAUUUGUGCAAUUUUACCGGAAAAUGAGUUUAAGCUUUGAAUUUCGCGCCCAUUGUAAGCUCUGAAGACGGUGCGAUUCCAGAUGUUCACACCGUCGAAAGACGUCGAAAUGACGAUGGUGGACAAGACGAGCGCCUCGCUGGACAAUUGGCGGACGCAUCGGACCGAUUCCAGGGCCACUCUCGAUAUGUGAGUAGCUCAUUUUCGGGCCAGAACACACUUUUGUUAGAAAAGACGAAGAAUUAGCUUCAAAUUUUGAAAACACUAGAAAAAUCUCGCUCUAAAACUACAAAUUUCAACAAAACUAAAAGCGUUCAAGUUCACGCCGAGAGACGUCGCUGCCGACCGCGUGUCCCGGUCCCACGCCCACGCAUUCCGCCCGACCCCGCCCGUCUCAUCGAACAACGGGCAUUCCGAUGGAAAAACGACCGAUGAGCGACUUCCGGCGAUACUCCUCACAGCCCGGUGCGUCUGGUUAUGGUAAAUUUUUCUUCCCUUUUCAAAAUGUGUUUGUGAAAAAGUUGUUCAAUAAAAAGGAUAGUAAGACGACUACAUGUGUACGGACUAUGUGAAAAAACAUUAAGAGGCAAUCUCUGACAGGUAUCCAAAUAUUUGAGACGCGGUAAAAGGAUACCACGAGAUGGGGGGAAGAGUCUGGGCUGGGCACAAGUAUUACCCAAUUGUUACCCAUCCCAGGAAUCCAAAGAGUUGGGACGCGGGCGAAGGGAACCAUGAGACGAGACAGAAAGAAGAAAUGUCGCCCUAACAUGCAACACACUUCUUGGUGCCCCGUCCCAAGCCGUUUGGAUGCCUGUACCCAUCCAACAAUCUUUAAAAAGGUGUAGCGCACAGCAAAAUCAAUCUAUUUAUAAAUUGAAGUUCAAAGUGGGGCAUUAAUGCUGCUAAGUCCACAAUUAUCAAAAGAUUCCUCUGAACGGGUAUCCAAACGGGCAGGCCUGGGCGGAUUAUCGAUUGAAACGGGAAAAAAAUCUGGGGGCGAUUUCCCUUAGGUUUUUUGUCAUCAUUUUCUCAAACAGUGGGAAACCAAAGGAAGUGUUGAAUGGAAUGGGGACCAUUUCUUCUUCCUUGCUCAUGGUACCAUAGUACCCACUGGUAUAGCAAAGUGAACUCUGCUCAUAAAAAAAUAAUUGUAAAUUUAGCUUUUAUACAAAAAAGGUAUUCGAGUUGUUCCGUGAAAAAAGGGGGCUAACGGAAGACGGAAGGAAUAACUUUUUUGUAUGAAAAGUUAAAUUUGCAAUUAAUUUUUUAUGAGCAGAGUUCAUUUUUCUAUACAUUUCGUCAGUUGAUCACAUUCCAUGAAAAAAAUUUCUAAAAAAGAUAAAAAAUUCUUCCGUAUUCUUCCGCUCUCAACUCUGGUACCCAGUGUAGCAUCUCCCCCCUUCUCGUAGUUCCCUUUGCCCGCGUCCUAACUUUCUGGAUACCUGUCCUCCGAAUUUUGAUGAAUUUUGCAAAAAAGCAAAAGAGACGACGAGAAGUACACGCGGUGAUCGCGGAUUUCGUGCGGCACUCGGAUCAGACCCUGACAGAUUCGACAUUGUUGUAUCGUUUUGAAUGGCCUCCAAAACGAAACAAAAAUCUCGGCCGGGGGACUAGGAAACUCUACCCGUCGUGUACUUCUCGUCGUCUCCUUUGCUUCUGAACUUCACUUCAAAAAAAAGUUACGUUUUUCAGUGCACGACACUUUUAAUAGUCCAAUUUGCUGAAAAUUUCGAAAAAUUUGAAAAAAAACCAUGGAAAUCACUCUGAACUUCGCAAAAACAUUCAAAUUUCCGGUUUUACGCGCCCACUUUUUAAUGCACUCCUAGAAAAUGAAUUCAUUUCCGCUCUGACCGUCUGCGCCUCUGUUCCCUCUCGCCGUCUGCACUCUCGUUCUCUCUCUCUCUCUCUCAAUUUCUCACUCGCUUCUCGCGCCACUUCUACUCCCCGCACCCGCCAAUUCGAUUUUUGCCACGUGUAUCUCAUCGUUUUCUCCACGAAAAAUGACGUUUUCUUGCGCCAAAAUUGAUGAAAAAUACAUGAUUUUUUAGGCUUUCUCGGCCACCGAAAGUCAAUCAAUAAUCGUGGCGGAUACGAAGAAGAGCUUCCGGACGACGAGCGACCCGAAGAACCGCUUUUUUAA